AUGCCUGAUACACAUUUAUGGAGUUCUGUUAAUCAGACAUGUGAUGCUUUGGAAAGCACUUGCUCCUCCUACACGGUUGUAUCUGACCAGCGUUGUGAAUUAAUUAUCGUUUUUCGAGGAACAAAAACUAAAGAACAAUUAUUUUUGGAAGGAUGGCAAAGUUUACAACCAGGCGUUGAUUUUGAUGGAAUUGGAAUGGUUAAUAAAUAUUUCCUUCGAGCAUUUAAUACUCUUUGGCCGAGUGUAAAGGAAGCUUUGGAGGAUCCAAGGCAUUCAGGUUACAAAGUAACCUUUACUGGACAUUCGCUUGGGGGCGCGCUUGCAUCACUUGCUUCAGCACGGACAGUUAAAUCGGAAAUUAGAAGGAGUGAUCAGGUCCAACUUUACACAUUUGGUCAGCCACGUGUGGGCAAUGCUGAUUUUGCAUUUGCACAUGACAACCUUGUUCCAACGAGUUUUCGAGUUGUUCAUAGAAUGGAUAUUGUGCCACAUAUGCCAGCUUGUGAUAAAACUGACAAUUGGCCUGGUGUGCGUCCUAACGACGAUAGCAAGCCCUGCGAUCGUAAUGGGAAAGGAAAAGCUUACCAUCAUGGAACUGAGAUUUGGUAUCCUUAUGGAAUGAAGGUGGGCGAUCCCUUCUACGAGUGCUUAGGUGAACCAAAGAACGAAGACUUUACUUGCAGUGAUUCACUUUCAUUUGAAGUGUCAAAAUACAAGACUUAUAUAAGUGAUCAUAGGCAUUAUUUUGAUCAUAAGGUCCCAAGAUUUGGAAAAUUGGGUUGUGAUCCAGCUAAAAAGGCAUUGGAGGAAGUUGAGAAACUUGAAACGAACGGCGUUGAAGCUACUAAGAAGUCUAGCGGAUUUUUUUCCAAUUUGAUUGGUAAAGUGAAAAGUUUGGGUAAACUUAUGAGAAUUUUGUGA